AUGGCUGAAUUCGCGAAAUACUCUGAAAUAAGCCCUCAAUGGACCCAGUUUGUUGCGUCCAAUCCCCAACUCACCAAUCUCGACCGCGUCGGUAUAGUCGAGCGGAAGCGCAUCUUCAUUGAUAUCGAAGCAAAUAACCCACCACGACAAAUUCCGGAUGAUAUUGAUGUCACCGAUCAGUCAGUCAAGGUGACGAACUUCACGAUCCCCGCUCGGGAUGGCUAUGAAAUUCCCGUGCGGAGCUAUGUCGCCACAACGGACCGGCCAGCAACCCGUGGGCGCCCUCUCCUGAUCUACCUCCAUGCAGGGGGAUUCCUGUUUGGAGACCUGGACAGUGGCGACCUGAACUGCCGCGUCCUCGCCAUCAAGUUGAACAUCGCUGUCCUGAACGUGGGGUACCGGCUUGCUCCCAAGUGGCCGUUUCCGCAUGGCGUGAAUGACAGCUAUGAUGCCACAGAAUGGGCCGCUGCAAAUGCAGAGACCUAUCUUGAUGCGUCUCCUGCAACGGCCGGCUUCCUCGUCGGGGGGAUUUCAUCAGGAGCCAACUUCGCCGGGGUAAUCGCAUAUACUGCGCGCGAUGCAGGGCUCUCACCACCCAUUACAGGCCUUUUCAUCUCCAUUCCUGUCUGUCUCAUGCCACAGGCGUACCCUCUCACGCCGCCAGAGUGGACUGAGAAGUAUCUGCUCAGUUUAGAGCAGAAUGCCGAGAACCCAUUACUAACCCGUAAAUCACUGACCGAUAUCCAAGAAAUAUACGGAUGCGACCCAGCGGAUCCCCGUAUUUCGUUCCUCUUGAACAAGGAUCACUCGGGGCUGCCGGGCCGUGCAUAUUUCCAGAUCUGCGGACGGGACCCUUUGCGUGACGAAGCGUUUCUGUGGCAAAGACUGUUGGAGAAGGAUUCCGGGACACGGAGCAAGAUCCACCUCUAUUCAGGGCAACCGCAUGGGUUCUGGAGGUUUCUGCACAUGGAUGUGAGCCAGCGCUGGUUGGCGGAUGUCGUGGAGGGGAUUGGCUUUUUGUGUGCAGCCGAGGAGCCCAGUCAGCAGACGGAGCUGAUUGUCAAGGUCUAG